UACAAGUACCAAUGUUCAUGUGAGAGAAGAAAAGAAAUUAUAUUCUGGAAAUCUAUUAGAAUUACACAAACAAAAUAACGAUUCGGUUUUCUCAAAAAAUAAAGGAUACGAGUCUGAUCCUGGUGAUCAUGAGAGAAAAAAAUAUCAGAAAAACUCACCACAGAAGAAGCAAUGCAUUGGGGAUGAACCUGACUCGUCUCUUUCAUAUACUGAAAUUGUGUCCAACUGUCCAGCAAUGAUCAAUGAUGUUAAAGGACUAAAAUUGGGACCAUUACCUCGAAAAGAGUCCAGAUGGCUCGUAAACAACAUAGAUGCUUCUGAAAAAUGGCAUUUAUUCAAGGAAAAAUUGUUGGAAUUGGCAAAUAAAGAAGGCCUUUUUGUGGAAAGCCACAUACAGCAAAUAUUGUCCUUAUCACACAUUCUUUUAUUGAAGCCCAAACAACAUUGCCUGUUAAUAGUGGAGGUUUUUGGUGAUGAAUUAUUAGAAAUGACACACAAGGAUAUCAUACAGAGAUUUACCAAACAAGAGACAGAGUUUGAUGAUGAAAUAUUGAUGAAGCUUAUUCGAAUUGUCAAGCACCUGCAAUGGGAGGAGAUCACAAGAGACAAUGCAGUUUCAGAGCUACAAAUUCUUGCAGUUGGUCAUUCUUAUGAAGAAUGUGUCAACUUUUAUAACAUGAAUUGUAUGCUUGGAUUUCAGGUUGUUGGGCAUCAUAUCUCAUUCUAUCUCACCACUCUUUUGUGUGACACCUUAUAUGUUACAGUGGAAGUUGGUCAUGUUGAUGUGCCUAUGUCACUUGAACAG